AUGGAUGAGGAGUCUUGGAGCACGCCUAGGCCGCGGGCAUUUAGCUGCCCUGCCGGUGGUAUGGAGGACAGUGACAACGAAGAACAGCAGGAGGCGAAGUCCCAGGAUCGCUACUUGGAGGAGGUCGUACGCGAGGCAUCCAAACUCCGCGUUCGCCAAAGCCGCGGAAGCGCCGGUCACCCAGAAGUAUGUCGUCGACCGUGCGUCUUUUUGGCGGCGGGACGCUGCAGCCAAGGCGACACGUGUGGGUACUGCCAUAGAGAGCACAAUGAAGCCCGUGCGCGACCUGACAAGAAACAAAGGGCGCUACUUGGAGGUCUGUCUGAACCAGAGCUGUUCGAUAUCCUUCUGCCGCAUCUACAGGUUCGCGCAGGGCUUCCGCAACUUCGGGGCAAAGCGUGGGACCUUCUGCGCCUACUGGAGGACACUUCGCCGCGGUCUUUUUCAUCUAGCCAGGCGUCAGAUUAUGCUGCAAGCCCCUCCAGCUCCAGUCCGGUUGUGGACGGCAAGUUGAGGUCCCUCAACAAAACGCUGGAGCGCAUGUCAUUUUCUGGCCUCGUAGCGUUACUCUGUGAGAGUCUUGCCAAAGGCAACCUUAGAGAGCAAUUGCUGCAAGCUUUGGAGGACGUACGCGCUCAGUGCGACAAUGCUUCAUGA